CAUAUUGUGCUCGCUGUUAAGGCCAGCGUUGCACUCUUAAUCCCUGAUAUUCCAAGCUGGGUCACUUUACAAAUGGCGAAACAAGAAUUCUCUGCAAAACAGGCCUUGAGGAAGCAGAGAAUUAUGGAAGCUGCACAGAAGAAAAAAGUUCUAAUGGAAGCUUUCAAAAGCAGGUCUACAGGGAAAUGCAAUGUAGACAGUUUGGCAGAACACAAGGGACAGUAA